AAAAUUCUAAGCCAGCAAAGAAAACCCGUGUUUGGUAAGAGUGCGCCCUCCUCCUACUGGGGAAAAACACACCCCGACUCCGCCGUAAGAGGGAGGGAGUAUAUACAAAUAGCGUGCCCUCACAAGUCACAACCCGCCCGCGCCGCCGCCGUGGGAGGGAGGGAGUACUAGAAAAGGGUUUUUCAGGGCGAGCAUUUUGGGGCGGGAAGGAGAAAGAAUGGCGCAGUCGCUGGAGCUGCUGCUGAUCCAGUUCUUGAUGCCGGACAACGACGCGCGGCGGCAGGCGGAGGAGCAGAUACGGCGGCUGGCGAAGGACCCGCAGGUGGUGCCUGCGCUGGUCCACCACCUCCGCACCGCCAAAACCCCCAACGUCCGCCAGCUCGCCGCCGUCCUCCUCCGCAAGAAGAUCACCGGCCACUGGGCCAAGCUCCCCCCUAACCUCAAGCACUCCGUCAAGUCCGCCCUCAUCGAAAGCAUCACCCUCGACCACAGUCCACUUGUGAGGCGAGCUAGCGCAAAUGUUGUAAGCGUUAUUGCCAAAUAUGCUGUCCCUGCUGGAGAGUGGCCUGAUUUGUUACCUUUCCUAUUCCAAUGCAGUCAAAGUUCAGAGGAAGGCCAUAGAGAAGUGGCUUUGAUUUUAUUCAGCUCUCUUACUGAAACUAUUGGACCCACAUUCCAAUCCCAUUUGGUUGAUCUGCAACCUAUUCUGUUGAAGUGCCUGCAAGAUGAAUCUAGCACUCGAGUCAGAGUUGCUGCUUUGAAGGCUGUUGGAGCUUUUAUCGAGUUUAUUAAUGAUGGUGCUGAUGUGGUAAAACUAUUUCGAGAUUUUAUUCCCAGUAUAUUAAAUGUAUCACGGCAAUGCCUUGCUAACGGCGAGGAAGAUGUUGCCUCCAUUGCUUUUGAAAUCUUUGAUGAACUCAUUGAGUCUCCAGCUCCACUACUUGGUGAUUCUGUGAGAUCCAUAGUUCAAUUCUCUCUUGAUGUUUGCUCAAGCCAGGCAUUGGACUUAAAUAUACGACACCAGGCGAUUCAAAUAAUUUCAUGGCUUGCAAAGUUCAAAUCUUCUUUCUUGAAGAAGCACAAGUUGGUUGUACCAAUUCUGCAAGUCAUGUGUCCUUUACUUACAGAAACAGCCAGUGGGGAUGGUGGGGAUGAAGAAUCUGAUCUGGCGGCUGAUCGAGCUGCUGCUGAAGUCAUUGACACAAUGGCCAUCAACAUACCGAGACAUGUCUUUGGGCCUGUUCUUGAAUUCGCCUCUCUGAGUUUCCGUAAUGUUAAUCCCAAAUAUCGGGAGGCGUCAGUGACAGCAUUGGGUGUCGUCUCUGAAGGUUGUUACGAGUUAAUGAAAGAUAAGCUGGAAGAUGUUCUCUUUAUUGUUUUAGGAGCUUUAAAGGAUCAAGAACAAAUGGUGAGGGGUGCUGCAUCAUUUGCCCUUGGCCAGUUUGCAGAACAUCUGCAGCCUGAGAUUUUAUCCCACUAUAAAAGUGUCCUUCCCUGCAUUCUAGAUGCCCUUGAGGAUCCCUCAGAUGAAGUUAAGGAAAAGUCAUACUAUGCUCUGGCCGCAUUUUGUGAGGACAUGGGUGAAGAUAUUUUUCCAUAUAUAGAUCCAUUGAUGGGGAGAUUAGUGACAUGUUUGCAAGGCAGUCCUCGAAAUCUGCAAGAAACAUGCAUGUCUGCAAUAGGCUCUGUAGCAGCUGCAGCAGAACAAGCCUUUAUUCCAUAUGCAGAGAAGGUGCUUGAGAUGAUGAAAAGCUUUAUGGUACUCACAAAUGAUGAGGACUUGCGCGCACGAGCCAGGGCAACUGAACUUGUUGGGAUAGUAGCAAUGGCUGUUGGAAGGACGAGGAUGGAACCCAUUUUACCCCCUUUUAUUGAGGCUGCACUUUCUGGUUUUGCACUGGACUUUAGUGAGCUCCGAGAGUACACUCAUGGUUUCUUCAGCAAUAUUGCUGAAAUAUUAGAUGAUGGCUUUACGCAGUAUCUUCCUCAUGUUGUACCUCUGGUAUUUUCAUCAUGCAAUUUGGAUGAUGGUUCUGCUGUGGAUAUUGACGAUUCGGACAGUGUUGACAAUGGAUUCGGUGGCGUCUCUUCUGAUGAUGAUGAUACAAAUGAUGAGCCGAGAGUUCGAAAUAUUAGUGUGAGGACUGGGGUAUUGGAUGAAAAGGCUGCGGCAACCCAGGCUAUUGGAUUGUUUGCGUUUCACACAAAGAAUGCUUUUGCACCCUAUUUGGAGGAGUCACUGAAGAUAUUAGUUAGGCACUCUGGAUAUUUCCAUGAAGAUGUCAGGCUUCAGGCCAUUAUUGCUCUAAAACAUAUUUUAACAGCUAUCCGUGCAAUUCCUGACAACAUGGAUGUCUCAGAGAAACAGAAGGAAGUUCUUGAUAGUGUUCUGAAUAUCUACAUCAAGACCAUGACGGAGGAUGAUGACAAGGAAGUUGUGGCUCAAGCUUGCAUGAGUGUAGCGGACAUCGUGAAGGACUCUGGUUAUGCAGCAAUAGAGCCCUAUAUGCCGAGGCUUGUGGAGGCAACUCUGACUCUUCUGCAUGAGGAAUCAUCUUGUCAGCAACUGGAGUCCGACUAUGAUGCGGAAGAUGGAGACGUCGACCACGAUGAAGUGCUCAUGGAUGCUGUGUCCGAUCUUCUUCCUGCUUUUGCUAAAGUGAUGGGAUCUAAUUUCAAUGCCCUUUUUGUGAAAUUGUUUGAUCCCUUGAUGAGAUUUGCGAAAGCUGCACGGCCUCCUCAAGAUCGGACAAUGGUCGUUGCCUGUCUAGCAGAGGUUGCACAAGAGAUGGGUGCUCCAAUCUCUGCUUAUAUUGAUAGGAUAAUGCCCUUGGUAUUAAAAGAACUUGGAUCAUCUGACGCAACUAACAGAAGAAAUGCAGCAUUCUGUGCGGGUGAGAUUUGCAAGAAUGGGAGCACAGCAGCACUUAAAUACUAUGGCGAUGUACUGCGUGCUUUGUAUCCAUUGUUUGGCGAAUCUGAACCUGAUGAUGCUGUGAAAGACAAUGCCGCCGGUGCUGUCGCGAGGAUGAUAAUGGUGCAACCCCAAUCAAUUCCUCUCAACCAGGUCUUACCCGUAUUUCUCAAAGCGCUGCCACUAAAAGAAGACCAUGAGGAGUCGAUGACCGUCUACAGCUGCAUCUCAAAUCUACUGUUAUCUUCCAAUCCUCAGAUCCUCCCUCUAGUGCCCGAUGUGGUUCAUAUCUUUGCUCAGGUGGUGGUAUCUCCGGUGGAGUGCGACGAAGUAAAAAGCAAGAUUGGAAUGGCUGUCUCUCACUUGGUUUCGGUCUAUGGCCAGCAAAUGCAGCCUAUACUGGGUGCUCUUCCGCCCGCACACGCCAAUGCAUUGGCCGCUUUCGCGAGUAAAAGGUGAUAGAUGAGAGAUAGAAAUGAAGCCCUUCUCCCUACUCACAAGCUUUAUUUGGAUCAUAUUCAAGUGUAAAUUUUCCUACUGCGCGAAGUUGCUAAACAGACUGAUUACCCACCGUCUGUCUGGUCCACAAUAGGGGUGCUGUGCAGGGUGCUUCUGCUGCAUCAUCGAAGUUCAUAUUUGCCAUUGUCCCGACAAAAUCUGAAUUUCAAGAGUGUUUUUGGGGCUUUUGAGUUUGAGUUUUCCUUUUUCCUCACAUUUGUUCGCUUUUUUGUUUUUGUUUUUUUUUGUUUUCUUUGUCCUUUUAGUGUGUUAUUUUUUUCUGGACAUUCUUCAUUCAAUUGAUAUUCGAUUGAGGUUGUAUUUAUUUCCUUGGGAUGUAUGUGACCUUGGCUCCUUUUAAAUGCUAGUGUGUAUGCCCUUGUGUUAUUUAUGAAUAUAUAUAGAUUUACCAUUUGCUUUUA